AUGGGUCUUUUAGCUCUCGGUACCCCUCUUGACUGGCCGGACGCAAAGCAGGUCGCCGGCAAGGUGCGCGAAUGGGGCAUAGAGCAAUUGCUGGCCACAUGGCGCCGCGCCAAGGGCAAGGAGCGCGACGCCAUGCUCUGGGGUGACGAGAUCGAAUACCUGGUCGUCGCCUACGAUGACGAGAACCGCAAGGCGAAGCUGUCCCUGCGCCAGGCAGACAUCUUGGCUGCCCUGGCCUCCGAUGAGAAGCUGCUGGAACAAGGGGGCGGCGUGCCAGACAUGCAGCAGGUCGACGUCAAGAAGGGAGAUACCGCCCCGGUCUUUCACCCCGAGUUCGGGCGGUUCAUGCUGGAAACGACGCCCGGUAAACCAUGGGGCAUCGGCUUCAAAGAUCUGCUCGAUGUCGAACCAAACAUGAAACGCAGGCGCGUCAUCGCGAAGGAGCACAUGGACCCCGCCGAGGCUCCCAUCACCAUGACUACCUUUCCGCGCCUCGGUCUGGGCGACUACAUUACUCCCUACUACCCUCCCUCCGGUCCCAAGCUUCGCUCGCAGUAUGUUCCGGAUGAGAUCGCGAACCCCCAUAUAAGGUUCCCGACCCUUGCUGCAAACAUAAGGGCUCGGAGAGGCCGGAAGGUCGAGAUCAACGUGCCGGUAUUCAAGGACGAGCGCACACCAUGGCCGUUCCACGAUCCCACCGUCAACUACGACAUGCACAACUGGCCCGAAGAUGACGACGUCCGCAAUGGCGCCGCUAAGGAAAACCACAUCUACAUGGACGCCAUGGCUUUCGGCAUGGGCAGCUGCUGUUUGCAAAUCACUUUCCAGUCCAAAAACAUCGAAGAAGGCCGGAAGAUGUAUGAUCAACUGAGUCCUCUUGGCCCCAUUCUGCUCGCCUUGACUGCUGCCACGCCCAUCUACAAAGGCUUCCUCGCCGACACCGAUGUGCGGUGGAACCAGAUCAGCAGAGCCGUAGACUGCCGUACAGCAGAGGAGCUUGGAGAGAAGCCGCUGAAGAAUGACCGCUGGCGGAUCCCGAAAUCGAGAUAUGCGUCCAACUCAACUUACAUCGCCCAGGAUCCGCGGCUUCGUAAGGAGUACCUCGACCCAGAGCUCAUCGUUGAUACCGCACUCAAGCAACGCCUGGUUGAUGGAGGCAUGGACGAUCUGCUUGCUACUCAUUUCGCGCACCUUUUUAUCCGUGACCCGAUCGUCGUCUUCAACGAAGAUCUGCAGGAGCUUGAUCUGGACAAGGUGGACCACUUUGAGAACCUGCAAUCAACGAACUGGCAGCACAUGCGUUUCAAGCCCCCGCCAGUCGGCAGUGAUAUUGGCUGGCGUGUCGAAUUCCGGCCAAUGGAGAUUCAGGUUACGGACUUCGAGAACGCGGCGUUCAGCAUCUUCAUUGUGCUGAUCACCCGUGCCAUCUUGUCCUACGAUCUGAACUUCUACAUCCCCAUCGCAAAGGUCACCGAAAACAUGGAGACUGCUCACACACGCGACGCUGUCAACUCGUCCAAGUUCUGGUUCCGCAAUGACCCCUUCUCUCGUCAUCCGGGUACGGUCAAUGGCAGCAAGCGCGGUAGUGGCACCACCUCGCCGGCUGUGGAUAGUGGCGCAUCCACCCCUCCGCUUGGACCGGUCGAGAGCGAGUACAGCCUCAUGACUGUCGCGGAGAUCAUCAACGGUCAGGCCACGACUAACGGUUUCCCCGGCUUGAUUCCCAUCGUGGAGUCGUAUCUCGACAGCAUGAACGUUGACGUCGAGACGCGCUGUGAUCUCGCUCGCUAUCUUGACCUGAUCAGGCGUCGCGCUGAUGGCACGCUUUGGACAGCGGCAAAGUGGAUCCGUCGGUUUGUGGCUGAGCACCCGAAGUAUGAGAAGGACAGUGUUGUCAGUGAGGACAUCCAGUACGAUCUUGUCAAGGCGAUAGAAGAGGUCACGGAGAAAGAGGGCAAGGGCACUUUUGGCAAGGAGAUGUUUGGGUCCAGGAGAUAA